GUGAAGUGGGUGAAAGUUCACACGGUGUCUGCAGUCAAGUCAGUCAGUCGAGUUAAACGAUCGAUAUUAAAUUCAACAUCAUCAUGUCUCUCCUCAGAGGUGUGUUUAUAGUCUCUGCUAAGAGGACCCCGUUUGGCACGUAUGGAGGUGUUCUGAAGGACCACAGCGCUACAGAUCUCGCUGAACAUGCUGCUAAAGCCGCUCUUGCCGCAGGGAAUGUGGCCCCGGAGCUGGUCAACAGUGUCGUUAUGGGAAAUGUCAUGCAGAGCUCUGCAGAUGCCCCCUACAUCGCACGUCACGUGGGUCUGCGGUGCGGCGUACCGAUUCCAGUACCAGCUCUGACUGUAAACCGCCUCUGUGGGUCAGGCUUUCAGUCCAUAAUCAAUGGAGCACAGGAGAUCUGGCUGAAAGAGUCAGAGGUCGUGCUGUGUGGAGGGUCGGAGAGCAUGAGUCAAGCCCCCUACGCCGUCCGGAACAUCCGCUUCGGUACCAAGUUUGGAGUUGACUUGAAGCUGGAGGACACGCUGUGGGCAGGCCUGACAGAUCUACACAUCAAGAUUCCAAUGGGCAUCACGGCAGAAAACCUGGCGGAGAAAUACCAGAUCACACGCGAGAACUGUGACCAGUACGCCUAUCAGACACAGCAGAGGUGGAAGGCGGCUCAUGAGGCUGGCGUUUACAAUGCUGAGAUUGCACCCAUCGAUGUAAAAGCCAAGAAAGGCAAAGUGGCCAUGACACAAGACGAACACCCCCGUCCACAGACCACACUGGAGCAGAUGGCAAAACUGCCCCCUGUCUUCAAGAAAGGAGGAACGGUCACUGCUGCCAAUGCUUCUGGCGUAUCCGAUGGGGCGGCUGCUGUGGUUAUAGCCAGCGAGGACGCUCUUAAAGCACACAACCUCACUCCAUUGGCUAGAAUUGUCUCGUAUCACAUCUCUGGCUGUGAUCCAAGCAUCAUGGGAAUUGGGCCUGUACCUGCCAUCACAGAAGCGCUGAAGAAGGCCGGUCUUUCUCUCAAAGACAUGGACCUGGUGGAGGUGAAUGAAGCGUUUGCUUCUCAGUAUCUGGCGGUGGCGAAGGCUUUAGGGCUGGACCCUGAGAAGAGCAACGUUAACGGAGGCGCCAUCGCCGUUGGACAUCCGCUCGGAGCCUCUGGGACAAGAAUCACUGCACACCUUGUGCAUGAGCUCAGGAGGCGUGGUGGAAAGUAUGCAGUGGGCUCAGCCUGCAUUGGUGGAGGACAGGGCAUCGCCAUCAUCCUGGAAAACACACACUGAGAAGAACUAAUACACAAAUACUGAAGAGACACACAUAAAUCAACCAUAAUUGCACACCGUCCUAAAUCAUAAAUUCUUCCUCAGGCAAGAGAACGGGAAUAUGAUUAAUUAUAAAAAGAAUUACAUGAAACUGUAUGUAAAUGCUUUAAAACAUGACUUGAGAAAGUGAUGGUAAAUACUGUCUUUAUGUUCGGAUGUUAAUACUGUAAUGUGCCUUGCUGUUCUUUGGUCUCUGGUUAUCAGUCUGUGAAAUAUUCACUCCAUUGCUUACAACACAUACUCCAUCUUAUUUUCUUUUGUAUAGAAUCAUGUCUAAAUAAAAUUUGGGUUUAACAUCA